AAUAGUUAAUUUGAGUACUAAUGCAUUUAUAGUGAGACAAGAUUAUCAUAAAUUUAAAUUGGUUUUUAUUUUUAUUCACAUUUUGCUCGUUACAUUAUUCACUUGGAAAUUUCUGUUUCUAUGAAAAUUAAAAAUAUAAAAAUUAAAAAUAAAAAUGACUAUGGAUCGAAUUUUAUUCCUCCAGAUGGUGGAUUUGGAUGGUUAAUAUGUUGUGCUUCUGGUAUAUCAAAUAUGUGGAUGUUUUGUAUUUUUCAAAAUUUUGGUUUGAUUUAUCAAGAAAAGUUUAUGAAAUUAGAUUUAACUAACGCAGAAAUUACAGCGAUUCCAAAUACUCAAACUGCAAUUGCAUAUUUUGUUGGUUUUCUUACGGGUCCACUUUUAAAACGAUUUACAUAUAGACAAAUUGGAUUAUUCGGAUCAUUAUGUUUUUCACUUGGUGUAUUUUUGAUGUCAUAUGCUAACUCUUUUAUAACAUGUUUGAUAUCAUAUGGAUUUUUUGUGGGUUCUGGAGCUGGUCUAUGCUUCCCAUCUAGUGCACUUGCAAUCAAUACAUAUUUUAAGAAGAAACGAAGAAUCGCUCACACUAUUUCAUGGGCUAUUACAGGAUUUGGGCAAAUAUUUAUGCCAACUUUAAUUAUAUGGCUUUUAAUUGAAUUUAAUGAAAUUGAAACAUCGAAAAUUAUUAGCGCUUUAUGUUUUCACAUGUUUGCUUGUAAUUUACUUUAUCAACCAGUUUUAUGGCAUGUAAAUAAAUUAAAAGAACAAGAUACACUUAAACUUGAAAGUCAAUUAAUUGACAAUGAUGAUGGAUUAAUGACCAUUCAAGAAUCUAAUGAAAAACAAAAUGGUGUUUUAGAUUAUUGUAAAUUAAGCGAAGAAACAUUAUGGCACAAAGUUGUCAUAUAUUUUGAUUUAGAUUUUUUGCGAAAUCCAACAUUUGUUAAUAUUGAAAUUGGUAUGAUAUUUCCAUAUUUAGCUGAAUUAAAUUUUGGAAUUUUAACACCAAUAUUCUUAAAUGAAUUUGGAUUUGAACAAGAUCAAAUUGUAAUUAUAAUGACUCUAUCAACAAUAUCUGAUAUUGCUGGUAGAUUGAUAUUGCCAUUGAUUCUUGUAAAAACAAAAAUUGAAUCAAGAUUUUUUUAUUUACUUGGAAUAUUUGGACAAUUGAUUUCAAUUUUAAUGGUAGCAAUAUUUGGCCAAAAUAUCGGUUAUUGUAAACUAAUUAUAAUAUCAUAUGUGAUUUUUGGAUUAUUUAGAGGGUUAAAAACAGUGUAUAUGCAAUUAAUUUUACCAGAAUUUGUGCCGUUAGAUAGAUUGUCUGGUGCAAAUGGAUUAAAUAAUUUAUUGACUGGAUUUUUUGCGUUAACCAUUGGAUCACAAAUAGGUGUUAUAAAAGAUGAAAUGAAUUAUGUUUGGUUGCUUUAUUUUUUGGGAGUCUUGCUUUUUAUACCAAUCAUCAGUUGGGUAAUUGAAUUCGCAUAUAAAUAUUUAAAGUCUAGAAAUUAAAAGAAAAAAUUCUGCAAUAUGGAAAUUAAUUUACAAAAAAACAAAAAUAGUAAAAAUCAUAAUUUUUUGCGGCUCCAUGUAUUUGUUGUGCGAAUGUAAUCCUUCAGCGAGUUAAAAAUAUUUUUUUUAAUGAGUUAUUUUUGUUUUCAGAUAAAUAAAUAAUUCACUUUA